AAGCCAUGAAAGCCUUACCAGAUCCACCUGAGGAGGACGACCGGGAAGAGAAAGUUUAUGGGAAUGUUUUAGCUGAGCUGGAGUCUGUCGACUUGCCUUUGGGGACCACGCUGAGAUCUGUCUACGAUGACCAGCCCAACGCCCACAAACGCUUCAUGGAGAAGCUGGACGCCAGGAUACGCAACCAUGACCGCGAGAUCGAGAAGAUGUGCAACUUCCACCACCAGGGCUUCGUGGACGCCAUCACCGAACUGCUCAAAGUCCGAGCAGACGCAGAGAAACUCAUGGGACAAGUGACGGACACUAAUCAGAGACUUCAGGAGGCCGGGAGAGAGGUGACGUCCCAGACGGAGGAGGUGAUUCGCUGCCGGCUGCAGCAGAGGAACAUGGCCACCACCGUGGAGAAGCUGCAGCUCUGCAUCCCGGUCCUUGAGAUGUACAGCAAACUGAAGGAGCAGCUAGAGUCUAAAAGGUACUACGCUGCGCUGAAGACCAUGGAACAGUUGGAGAACGUCUACAUCCCGCGGGUCAGCAAGUACCGGUUCUGCCAGAUCAUGGCGGAGACGCUCCCCAAGCUCCGCGAGGAGAUCAAGGAGAUCUCCAUGUCCGACCUCAAGGACUUCCUGGAGAGUAUCCGGAAGCACUCGGACAAGAUCGGAGAGACGGCCAUGAGACAGGCUCAGCAGCACCGGACGUUCAUCAGUGCCAUGCAGAAGCAGGCCAGUUCCGGCUGCACCAAGCCCCUGUACUCCCUGAACGGGCGCACGCCCACCCAGCACAACGGCCUCCACGGAGAGGAGCCCGCCGAGGAGGAGGAGUCCGAGGAAGAGGUGCGCGUGUUAACAGCACAAGAUCUGGUAGAUUUCUCCCCAGUCUACCGAUGUCUGCACAUCUACACAGUCCUGGGUGACAGGGACUCUUUUGAAAAUUAUUAUCGGAAACAGCGGAAGAAACAAGCCAGACUUGUCCUGCAGCCUCAGUCCAACAUGCACGAAACUGUGGAAGGCUACAGGAAAUAUUUCAACCAGAUAGUUGGUUUCUUUGUGGUGGAGGAUCACAUCUUGCACGCAACGCAAGGCCUGGUGACGCGAGCCUUCACCGAUGAGCUCUGGAACAUGGCCCUCUCCAAGAUCAUCGCCGUGCUGCGCACACACUCGUCGUAUUGCAGUGAUCCAGACCUGGUGUUGGAACUGAAAAACAUGAUUGUGAUAUUUGCGGACACUUUACAGGGCUACGGCUUCACAGUGAACAGAUUAUUUGAUCUCCUGUUUGAGAUCAGAGAUCAGUAUAACGAGACACUGCUGAAGAAGUGGGCUCUGGUGUUCAGGGAGAUAUUUGAACAGGACAACUACAGCCCCAUCCCUGUAGAGACGGAAGAAGAGUACAAAUCGGUGAUCAGCAGAUUCCCCUUUCACGAAGCUGACAUCGAGAAGCAACCAUUUCCAAAGAAGCUCCCCAUGUCCCAAUCUGUGCCUCAGAUCUACACGCAGGUGAAGGAGUUCAUCUACGCCAGCCUUAAGUUCUCCGAGUCUUUGCACCGCAGCUCGACAGAAAUCGAUGACAUGCUACGGAAGUCCACCAACCUUCUGCUGACGAGGACACUGAGUGGCUGCUUACAAAACCUCAUCAAGAAGCCCCACAUAGGCCUCACUGAGCUGGUCCAGAUCAUCAUCAACACUACACAUCUAGAGCAAGCCUGUCGCUACCUGGAGGACUUCAUCACCAACAUCACAAACGUCUCGCCGGAAACCAUCCACACCACGCGCCUCUAUGGCCUGGCCACGUUCAAGGACGCACGGCACGCGGCUGAGGGUGAGAUCUACACCAAGCUAAACCAGAAGAUCGACGAGUUCAUCCAGCUGGCCGACUACGAGUGGGGCAUGUCCGAGUCGGACGGCCGGGCGAGUGGCUACCUCAUGGACCUCAUCAACUUCCUGCGCAGCACCUUCCAGGUCUUCACGCACCUGCCGAAUAUCUACAAUGACCAUUCGGCGAUGUCGGGUAAGGUAGCCCAGACGGCCUGCAUGUCCGCAUGUAAACACCUGGCCAGCUCCCUGCUGCAGAUGCUCUUGGACCCCGACCUCAAGCAGAUCAGCCUAGGAGCCAUUCAGCAGUUCAACCUGGACGUCAUCCAGUGCGAAUUGUUUGCCAGCUCAGAGCCAGUGCCUGGUUUUCAGGGGGAUACCUUACAGCUGGCCUUCAUUGACCUGCGACAGCUCCUGGACCUGUUCAUGGUGUGGGACUGGUCCACGUACCUGGCCGACUACGGGCAGCCCACCUCUAAGUACCUGCGGGUGAACCCCUCCACAGCGCUCGCUCUCCUGGAGAAAAUGAAAGACACCAGUAAGAAGAACAACAUCUUCUCCCAGUUCCGCAAGAACGACCGGGACAAACAGAAGCUGAUCGAGACGGUGGUCAAGCAGCUGCGGAGUUUGGUCAACGGAAUGUCCCAACACUCUUAAGGCCCCCCCCCGUCACCACCCCGCCUUGCCACACACACACACUCCCCAACCCACAACCCACACCAAUACCCUCCUCCCGUCAACCCCUCAAACGCACCAACUUUUAUUUUGACCUGACUGGAACUAACCUGUGUUGGAAAAUGUGGGAGUUGCUGGAGUUGGAAGAAAAUACCCAGAAACAGACAGUUUGAUGAGAGGAAGAAUAACAAACACACACACAAACACACACACACACAGCUGUUUUGUGAGCAGUGAAAAGAAUAUUCCUUUCAUUUCAUUAUUCUUUCUUUUUUGUUUUUGGAGAAAUCGUAUUUUUUACGGUUGAGAGAUAUAUUGUUUGUGUUUUCGCUGUUGUUUUUGUUUUUGUUUUGUUGUAUAUUGUAAAAGUAUAAUGAUUGUAUCACCACAGCGAUGGUGGGCUUGGCGGGAGAGGAGAAUCAGAGGAAAGAGUCUGAGGCGAAGUGAUGAAGUCCUACAAACAAGACUGAGGUUCCAACAGAGCUCUCUCUCUCUCUCUGUCGCUCUCCCUGUCUCUCUCUUACACACACACACACACACACACACACACACACACACACACACACAUACAGUUGCACAUAUAUACAUACAUACACACAAACACAACACUCCAGAUGUAGUUUUUAAUGUAAAUAUAUUUCAGUAUAUAUUUAACACUACAGCAGCUUCUUCCCUCCUGUCGGACUGGCUUGAAACUAAUUUGGCUUUGAUACGUUCGAUAAGUCAAAAAUGCAUGAAGAUCUUGCUUUUUUUCCCCCUCUUUGUUCAAAAGAACAAUGGACUUUGAAGUGUAAUUCACAUAUAACUCAUCCUAGUAGGAACCGUUUUGAGAAGGUCUAUUUUAUUUCGCAAUGUGAUGUACAGGCAUCCCAACAUGCUACUUUUAUUUUGGUUUUUAAUUUGCCUCAGGGUGACAUGGAAUCGUUUUGGGUUGUGACGCUUUAGAAGCCAAUGCUGAUAGGGAGGGUGAAGAGCAAUAACUAGUCUGUUUGCUGUCUCAUUAAGCAUUCAUUUGCCUAUAGGGAAAGGACACUUCUGCAAAUGUGCGAUUGGGUUCUGCUCUGAAUUGCUUUCAACAGGCAUUUUUUUGCACUGAAUUAUUUAAGUUUUACUUUUUUUUUUAUUGUUAUUAUUAUUAUUAUUAUUAUUUUAAAUAGAUGCUUGUGUAAUUAAAAUGUCAUUGUAUAUACCACCUAUUUUGUUAAAAAAAAAUGAAAAUGGAAUGCAGAAAGUGACUUCUGCAGCGAUUUUAAGAGAUGAUUAUGUAAACACGUCUCCCUAUGCUAAAUAUGUAAGUAGAGUUUGAAAUUGUACUUAAAUUGUACUUAAAUUGAACAAGUUCAUUGAAUGCAACGAGGGGGGAGGCUCCAGAGUCCAGACGGUCCCCCAGUCGUCUCCACGUACAUGUAGCCGAAACAAGUAUGACUCAUCCAUUCAACAUUUCAACAUUCCUGUGUGAAGCCAGCGAUGUAAGAGCGCUCCGGGACAUUUAAAACGGCUACUGGCUGUAUUGCACCCUACAAUAAUUCCUCCUCCCUCUCCCGGUCCCUACCCCCCACUGACUGCUAUAUUCCCAAGAUCCCAUCUGUUUUUAUUUGUGUGAUAUAAUAAAAUGUGAUCACUUUA